CACACUAAAUAGAGAAUCUCCCGUAGGUACACACACUCAGAGAACAUCAGCGCAGAGUUAAGGAUUCUAUUGCCUAAUGUUGGAUUGUUGCCAUUGAUGCGCUAACUAAUCAACAUUACAAGUUAUACAAUAAAUUAUACUCUGAAAGAACUAAGUGAUUCUCGAGGAAGGGGGUCAGUCUGUGUGAAUCUAGGAGCGGACCCGACGUUUUCCCAGAGAAGAUAACGAUGUCUGGCUCUUAUUGCAAAAGUUUAUACUCCUUCAGCGGGGACCAACAUCAGCAGGGUUUGACUUUCGAAGUGGGAGAAAUCAUAAGGAUAGUUCAUCCGUUGCCUGGCGGCUGGUGGGAAGGAGAGCUGGAUGGAGUCAGGGGAUGGUUCCCAUCAAGUUAUGUACAAGUCUUAGAGAAAACUGCGUCUAUGACCUCACUGCCGGUUGAGGACGUAGGAGAGCCUCUCCCUCAACACUGGAAGUGCUACAUGUCACCACAGGGGCGGCGCUACUAUGUCAACACCUCCAGCAACGAGACAACAUGGGAGAGACCUUCCAGGGUACCUGGGACCCCCAACACCCCCCUGAAACACAAGAACUCACUACCUACAGUGAAUGGGUUUCGCUCCAGUGGUAGUCCAUUGCAUCAGAAUGAACAUUCCCAUAUCAGUCUGGUCAAAAAGCCUAGUUUAGAACCACAGAGUCCAUGUCCUACAUCACCCACCAGGUGGCAGAGCAAAGAGACUACCAUCACAAUUAACUGUGUAACGUUCCCCCUCCCUAUGAGUACACCUGAACAGCAGCUGUUGAAGCCAGAUGAGUGGAGCUACUGUGAUUACUUCUGGAUGGAUAAGAAGGACCCUCAGGGGACAAGCUGUAUCUCAGGGUUUGAGGUCUUACUGCAGAAACAGCUGAAGGGGAAACAGAUGCAGAAAGAGAUGGCUGAGUUUAUACGAGAAAGGAUAAAGAUUGAGGAGGAAUAUGCCAAGAACCUCGCCAAGCUGUCGCAGAUUCCCCUCGCGGGACAGGAAGAAGGUACUCUUGGGGAAGCCUGGGCUCAGCUAAAGAAGAGUCUGGCUGACGAGGCCGAGGUUCACCUCAAGUUCUCCUCUAAGCUCCAGAGCGAGGUGGAGAAGCCUCUGUUGACGUUCAGAGAGAACUUUAAGAAGGACAUGAAGAGGUUCAAUCAUCACAUCGCAGAACUACGGAAACAGCUGGUUGGACGACACUCAGCCGUGGAGAAGGCCCGUAAGGCUCUAGCGGACAGACAGAAGGACUUGGACGUGAAGACCCAGCAGCUGGAGAUCAAACUAAGCAACAAGAUGGAAGAAGACAUCAAGAAGGCUCAGCGGAAAUCCACACAAGCAGGAGACGACCUGAUGCGCUGUGUCGACCUUUACAACCAGUCGCAGUCCAAAUGGUUUGAGGAGAUGGUGACCACAAGCCUGGAGCUGGAGAGGCUGGAGGUAGAGAGGGUGGAGAUGAUACGACAGCAUCUGUGUCAGUACACCACCUUACGGCAUGAGACUGACAUGUUUAACCAGAGUACGAUGGAGCCAGUGGACCAGCUGCUACAGAGUGUGGACCCAGCUAGAGACAGGGAGCUCUGGGUCCAGGAGCAGAAGACAGGAGACAUCAGGCCUGUGGACAUUGAGAUAUAACACACCUUGUUCCCAGGGGUCACACACAUGUGGAUCCACAAGCCUGGAUCUUUACGGGGGCUUCAAUGUCAACUUUGAGAUAUUAUAGACAUCCUGAGAAAUCUGGAUGACUCGAUCCACAGCUCCACAGACAAAAGUCUGCUCUUUAGAGAGCGAGCACCACCACCAGUGUUCAUUAUGAGCUAGAGGAUUCUAUAUGGUAGACAGACAAGUGUUCAUUAUGACCUAGAGGAUUCUAUAUGGUAGACAGACAGUGUUCAUUAUGACCUAGAGGAUUCUAUAUGGUAGACAGACAGUGUUCAUUAUGACCUAGAGGAUUAUAUAUGGUAGACAGACAGUGUUUAUUAUGACCUAGGGGAUUCUAUAUGGUAGACAGACAGUGUUUAUUAUGACCUAGAGGAUUCUAUAUGGUAGACAGACAGUGUUUAUUAUGACCUAGAGGAUUCUAUAUGGUAGACAGACAGUGUUUAUUAUGACCUAGAGGAUUCUAUAUGGUAGACAGACAGUUUUUAUUAUGACCUAGGUGAUUCUAUAUGGUAGACAGACAGUUUUUAUUAUGACCUAGAGGAUUCUAUAUGGUAGACAGACAGUGUUCAUUAUGACCUAGAGGAUUCUAUAUGGUAGACAGACAGUGUUUAUUAUGACCUAGAGGAUUCUAUAUGGUAGACAGACAGUGUUCAUUAUGACCUAGAGGAUUCUAUAUGGUAGACAGACAGUGUUCAUUAUGACCUAGAGGAUUCUAUAUGGUAGACAGACAGUUUUUAUUAUGACCUAGAGGAUUCUAUAUGGUAGACAGACAGUGUUUAUUAUGACCUAGAGGAUUCUAUAUGGUAGACAGACAGUGUUCAUUAUGACCUAGAGGAUUCUAUAUGGUAGACAGACAGUGUUUAUUAUGACCUAGAGGAUUCUAUAUGGUAGACAGACAGUGUUCAUUAUGACCUAGAGGAUUCUAUAUGGUAGACAGACAGUGUUCAUUAUGACCUAGAGGAUUCUAUAUGGUAGACAGACAGUGUUUAUUAUGACCUAGGGGAUUCUAUAUGGUAGACAGACAGUGUUCAUUAUGACCUAGAGGAUUCUAUAUGGUAGACAGACAGUGUUCAUUAUGACCUAGAGGAUUCUAUAUGGUAGACAGACAGUGUUUAUUAUGACCUAGAUGAUUCUAUAUGGUAGACAGACAGUGUUUAUUAUGACCUAGAGGAUUCUAUAUGGUAGACAGACAGUGUUCAUUAUGACCUAGAUGAUUCUAUAUGGUAGACAGACAGUGUUUAUUAUGACCUAGAGGAUUCUAUAUGGUAGACAGACAGUGUUCAUUAUGACCUAGAGGAUUCUAUAUGGUAGACAGACAGUGUUCAUUAUGACCUAGAGGAUUCUAUAUGGUAGACAGACAGUGUUCAUUAUGACCUAGAGGAUUCUAUAUGGUAGACAGACAGUGUUUAUUAUGAGCUAGGGGAUUCUAUAUGGUAGACAGACAGUGUUCAUUAUGACCUAGAGGAUUCUAUAUGGUAGACAGACAGUGUUCAUUAUGACCUAGAGGAUUCUAUAUGGUAGACAGACAGUGUUUAUUAUGACCUAGGGGAUUCUAUAUGGUAGACAGACAGUGUUCAUUAUGACCUAGGGGAUUCUAUAUGGUAACAGACAGUGUUCAUUAUGACCUAGAGGAUUCUAUAUGGUAGACAGACAGUGUUCAUUAUGACCUAGAGGAUUCUAUAUGGUAGACAGACAGUGUUUAUUAUGACCUAGAGGAUUCUAUAUGGUAACAGACAGUGUUCAUUAUGACCUAGAGGAUUCUAUAUGCUAGACAGACAGUGUUCAUUAUGACCUAGAGGAUUCUAUAUGGUAGACAGACAGUGUUCAUUAUGACCUAGAGGAUUCUAUAUGGUAGACAGACAGUGUUUAUUAUGACCUAGGGGAUUCUAUAUGGUAACAGACAGUGUUCAUUAUGACCUAGAGGAUUCUAUAUGGUAGACAGACAGUGUUUAUUAUGACCUAGGGGAUUCUAUAUGGUAGACAGACAGUGUUCAUUAUGACCUAGAGGAUUCUAUAUGGUAGACAGACAGUGUUCAUUAUGACCUAGGGGAUUCUAUAUGGUAGACAGACAGUGUUUAUUAUGACCUAGGGGAUUCUAUAUGGUAGACAGACAGUGUUCAUUAUGACCUAGAGGAUUCUAUAUGGUAAUAGACAGUGUUCAUUAUGACCUAGAGGAUUCUAUAUGGUAGACAGACAGUGUUUAUUAUGACCUAGAUGAUUCUAUAUGGUAGACAGACAGUGUUCAUUAUGACCUAGAGGAUUCUAUAUGCUAGACAGACAGUGUUCAUUAUGACCUAGAGGAUUCUAUAUGGUAACAGACAGUGUUCAUUAUGACCUAGAGGAUUCUAUAUGGUAGACAGACAGUGUUUAUUAUGACCUAGGGGAUUCUAUAUGGUAGACAGACAGUGUUCAUUAUGACCUAGAGGAUUCUAUAUGGUAACAGACAGUGUUCAUUAUGACCUAGAGGAUUCUAUAUGGUAACAGACAGUGUUCAUUAUGACCUAGAGGAUUCUAUAUGGUAACAGACAGUGUUCAUUAUGACCUAGAGGAUUCUAUAUGGUAACAGACAGUGUUCAUUAUGACCUAGAGGAUUCUAUAUGGUAGACAGACAGUGUUUAUUAUGACCUAGAUGAUUCUAUAUGGUAGACAGACAGUGUUCAUUAUGACCUAGAGGAUUCUAUAUGGUAGACAGACAGUGUUCAUUAUGACCUAGAGGAUUCUAUAUGGUAACAGACAGUGUUCAUUAUGACCUAGAGGAUUCUAUAUGGUAACAGACAGUGUUCAUUAUGACCUAGAGGAUUCUAUAUGGUAGACAGACAGUGUUUAUUAUGACCUAGAGGAUUCUAUAUGGUAACAGACAGUGUUCAUUAUGACCUAGAGGAUUCUAUAUGGUAGACAGACAGUGUUUAUUAUGACCUAGAGGAUUCUAUAUGGUAACAGACAGUGUUCAUUAUGACCUAGAGGAUUCUAUAUGGUAACAGACAGUGUUCAUUAUGACCUAGAGGAUUCUAUAUGGAUAAGGGAGUGUGAUGAUAUGUAUGCAGACCGGCUUGCAUUUCUUUUAUAUAUUGAUUCAUCAUUAACUGUUCUAUAUGCUAAGUGUUAAUGGAAUGUCUAAUUCAACCGUUCUGAAGUACAAAGUGUUAAUGGGAUGUCUAAUUCAAACUCAGCUUGCAAGCUAAUCAUGAUUGUUUUCCCUUCCUCAUAGUUACUUGUUUUAAAAAAGUGGUUUACUCCCAUAUCUACGUGUUUUUUUAAAUGACAUGUUGACAAACAAAGUGGCAUCUUGAGUUCAGAUGUCGUUUUUUUCAAAGUCCACAAGUAAAACACAACUUCACUGAAAUGUUUAAAAAAUAUGUUUAAAAAAAUUGGGCAGAUAAUUUGGCUGAUUUAAGAUAAAAACGGUUAUUUUAUUUUGGCACCUAGGCACUUACUAUAGUCAUUCAUUUAUUUAACUUAACAUAGCCUUGGAGUCCACCUUUUUGGUAUUUUGUACCAGUUUCCGUCUCUUUACGAAGGUACGGUCUUCAAGCUUUGGAAGAUGGCAAAGCAUUUAAUAAGAAGAAGAAUUGAUUGGACUUACAUGCCACUUUUCUAGACAUCAGUGCAUUCAAGACAAUUGAGACCUUUGAGAAAAAACUAGCAUCAACAGGGGGAAAAACGUUUUGAACAGUCAUCCAACUCUGAAUUACAAGUCGUAAACUUUCUUCGGUCGUCAAACUUGAACACAAAAUAUGCCAUUUCAAAUAUGAGGCAUUUCCCGCUAACCGGAAUACCGUCAUCACUCUCCCUCUUCUGAUUGGUCGGGGUAGAUGGGCCUUCUGAGCCGGAAUAUGCGUCAUCACACUCCCUCAUCUGAUUGGUCGGGUAGAUGGGCCUUCUGAGCCGGAAUACACGUCAUCACACUCCCUCAUCUGAUUGGUCGGGUAGAUGGGCCUUCUGAGCCGGAAUACACAUCAUCACACUCCCUCAUCUGAUUGGUCGGGUAGAUGGGCCUUCUGAGCCGGAAUACACGUCAUCACACUCCCUCAUCUGAUUGGUCGGGUAGAUGGGCCUUCUGAGCCGGAAUACACAUCAUCACACUCCCUCAUCUGAUUGGUCGGGUAGAUGGGCCUUCUGAACCGGAAUACGCGUCAUCACACUCCCUCAUCUGAUUGGUCGGGUAGAUGGGCCUUCUGAGCCGGAAUACACGUCAUCACACUCCCUCAUCUGAUUGGUCGGGUAGAUGGGCCUUCUGAGCCGGAAUACACGUCAUCACACUCCCUCAUCUGAUUGGUUGAGUGUCUGUGGUAACUAGUGAUGACCUUAUAAUCACAGAUAGAACAAUGAGACAGAUAUUUGACAGGAUGUAUACAUGUGAAGCAUACGGUUGGCGUUUCCACUCACUGGUAGUGAGAGGAAGUACACUGGGGGGCAGUGGGAGAAGAUGGAACAAGAUGGAUUUGGCCGACAUUCCUGCACAUUUUCUAAUUGUUUAAACAUUUGAUCUCAGUACAAUUUUCUGUUCCCCGAAACUGGAAUAUAUUAUGAACAGAGUGGACAAAGUUUUGUAGACUUUAAUAUUUUCAAAUGUUUGAAAAAAAAUUGCACUGUUUAGAAGGAGUGCAAAGGCGAAUUGAGUUAUUGCACAAGCGCACUUCACAGAGUAGGCGUUCCGUAACGGAUAUACGCAGAUAUAUUCUAGAAUGUGCUAAUAGGAUAUUGCUAGGGCGUGCUUGGCUCUGCUCACCUCCUUCCUUGUUCUUCCCAUUGUGACUCAUUUGUUCUCAUUGGAAAUGACAAGCUCUGGUCUAUCUUGGUUUAGUCAUGAAAAUCUUUGUUAGAAUUGUCUGUAUAAACACACUCAGUAAAUUGUUGACCAACUGAAAUACUAACACAGAGGUUAAUUAGGAAAUAUAACAGCUACUGCUGCUGCUAUGUAAUACAACGUACAUCAAAUGCAAUCAAAUGUAUAGAUUAUAUUUUAUCUACAUGUGAACUAUGAAGUGUGGUUUUUAAGGUGAUUGUUGAUGUAAGAACUAUCAGCUGAUGUAAGAAGGGCUUUAUAAAUAAAUCUGAUUUGAUUCUGGGUUGUUUUCGACAGAUGUGAAGUUUUGAAGAAAGAUUGACACAAAUGUAACACAUCUGUUCUGAGGGCAAAAUGGGGUGCAACUCAAUGUUAUAGCAAGAUGUUCCUAAUGUUUUGUACACUCAGUGUGUUUGUCUAUACUGUAUAUACACACACAGUGCACAGGAGUGCGGGUACAGUUGAAAUGAAUAAUGGACUUCUAGUAUAGCGUUGUCUUGUAUCUAUCCGGUAAGUAUUACACAUAUAAACAUACAGUUCUACUGUCCAAUCAGAUGCAUACAUGUUGUAUAGAGUGUUCCAUUACUUUCUGGUUCUAAAACCUUGAAAGUUCCAAGGACUCUACAUGGACAUAACUUCUGAAUGUUUGUCGUUAAUGUUUUUGCCAUUAAUAUUAUAAAUAAAUAGAUAUACAUUUUAUUUUA